UCGGUGUGUGGGGAACAGGCGGGAGGAAGAGGAGCAGCCCGGCUAAAGUCUCUCUAAAUGCGCUAUAAACAACGAAAAUAGUCUUUGUCGCGCAGACAUUUAUGUUUGGACGUCUGCUGUGGCCACAGAGAUUCGACAAAGCGUUGACUCCGUUGGUUUAUUUUGAUAAAAAGCGACAACUUCGGCGGACAAAGAUGAGCCUCGUCCUUCCUCAACAACAGGCUGAGGGGCUCCCAGCUGUGGCCCAAACAACAGCAGAGAGCGACUCAGACAGCGGGGUGGGCUCUCCAGAGGAGGAGGUAGUCACAGAGGCAUCUAACAAAGAAGACCUAAAAGAUUCUGAUGACGAUGAAGACAUCACAGUUCACAGAAAGCCUCAUCGUAACGCCAUCAGAGACAGCGACAGUGAGGAAGAGGAGGCUCCGACAGAGAACAGCGUGAACAUGACCGAAGCUCUGGCUUUAUCGGCUUCGAGCGGAGACGAGAUGGAGACCGGAGAGGCAGAGGGGAAGGACGAGAAGAAAGACAGAGGUUCGCAGAAGACCAAGAGAAUCAGCCGCGCUCCGGUUGACAGCGAGGACAGUGAGCCUGAGCAAGACAAGUGUGGCAAAAUGGAGGAGCAACAGGAGGAAGUGGGGAAGGAAGUGAAAUCGUCCAAAGAAAAGAAGAAAAGAGAGAAGAGUCAGCGGCAUCGGGAGAAAAAGGAGAAGCGAAGCAAAGCCGUGGAAAAACUGAAGAAGAAAAACAGACUCUCUGAGUUAGAAGAGGACACACCCCUCCCUCGAGCUUUAAAUGACAGCGGAUGCCCGCUGGGCGACACAGACCUGUUUGACACUGGACUAAAUGAUGAAUCAGAGGAGGAAGAAGAGUCUUUGGAGGCCAUCAGAGCAUCUGUGAAGCAAAAGAUGAAAAAGCACAAGGAUCCUCUUCUGGAUGAGGAGGAGGAGGAAGAAGACGAGGAAACACUAGAGAAGCCCCAGCGUGCGGAGAGGAAAGCUGCACGCGCCAGCAAAGAUGCGAUGAAGCAGCUCCACAGCGAGUCUCAGAGGCUGGUCAGAGAGUCUACUCUUGGGCUCCCCUACCACAUUCCUGAGCCAAAGACCAUCGACCAGUUUUUUAAGAAGAGAGCCAGGCCAGAAGGUCCUGCUAUGGCUUUGUUGAAAUCUACAAAGUAUUCAGCCAUGUUGUUAGAGACACCAUCCGCUCCUCCAGUUCCCGCUGACCCGCCCAGUGAGCCUCCUCUACCAUCCACAGAGCAGAACCCUGCUCCCUCUCUGGAUCUGUCCUCCACUCAGAUCCAGCCCAUCCCUCAGCCUGCAGCCACCUCGUCCCCUCAGAAGGAAAGCCCGAGCAAGGCCAGAGAAGGUACAGAGAGCCUUGAUCCAGAGCCAGAAUCUGGACCGAUGCUUUACCUCUCUGAGAGCCUGCAGGAGUCUGAGACGACAGAUGUAUCAGUGAGACCUGAGGAGGAAGAAACCUCUGAUGCACCUGUAGAUCAGAGUCAGAAUGCAUCGAUGAUGGACAUCCAGCAAAAAGAAGCUGAAUCUGGGGCUUCAGUGGAGCCAGAAGCAGCUCAGAGCAUGAGCACAGAUUCAGCCCAAGCAGAGCCAUCUGUACUGCCACAAACUAAACCCAAGAAGGACAAACUAGCCCUGCUGAAAAAGCUGGGACUGGACCCUCCACCUGUUGCUAAACUGUGUCCAGAUGAUGGGGCUUUUGUUCAGCUCGAGCCUCCACCACCUAACCCAGGUCUGGAAGCCCUCAAGGUGCGCUACCUUCGACAUGUCCAAGCACCUGCACGUCCUCAAGGAGAGCGCACAAUGCAGCUCAGCAUCGUCCGCAAAGACACUACUCCCUCUGGUCAAGAGGAGCUGCACACUGAGACGGUCGCCGUCACUGUUAAAGAUGGAGCGGAGGAGCCUGUAGUCACCAAACCAGGGGAAAAGCUUUCAUGUCUGAAGCAGCGCCUGCAGCUCGCCAUGGCCCAACGCAGAUGGGAGGAGCGGACACGCAAGGCCGAGCUAAACCGUCUGGACAACGAAGACUGUGGAGAGGAGGAAGAGGAGGAGGAGGAGAUGACAGACGAGUCUGAGGAAGAAGAAGGAGUGGAUGACUUACUAGGAGGGGAUGAUGGUGAGGGAGAGGAGGAGGAAGGUAGUGUGGCUCAGAGUAUCAGGAGCACUUCUCCUGUGGCUCUGAUCAGACCGUCUCCAACUCCUGACCUAGUUAAUACAGAUGGUACACUCAUGCUGUUCCCGGGUAACUCCUGCUCUCGGACCGGUGAUGGUGUAAGACGGUCUGGACCCUCUGGACAGGACAGCAGCAAUAAGAUGGAAGAGGACGACUCGCUGUCCCUGGUGAAGGACAACAGCCACAACAGUAGCUUUGAGCUUGCAGGAUCCAUGAUAACCUCCUACCAGCCCAUCAAUCAUCAACGCUCUGCAGGACGGUGCAUUUCUAACUCCUCCAUGUUUCGCUCCCCUUCUCCAUGCCUCUUUAGGCCAAGCUUCCUGGGCUCUGCCUCUAAAAGCUCAGGAAAACUCUCCGAGCCUUCUCUCUGCCUCCCUGUUGAGGACUCCCAGGACUUGUACGCACCUCCUUCUCCAGGAGCAGACUCAGGGCCCUUGGUUGGAGCAGCGUCCGGUCCCGGUCUUGGCGGAGACUCUCAAGGCCGUUUCUCCCUGGAGGACGACACACAUUCUCAGUUACUGGACGCAGACGGUUUCCUAAAUGUGGGUCCCCGUCCUGGCGCUCCUCGCUCCCAUAAGAGACAGCUGAUCCUGGACAGCCUGGAUGAAAACGCCAUGGAUGCAAACAUGGGGGAGCUACUGGGGUUGUGUUCAGGGGGGUUUGGGACAGCGGAGAGUGGCUCGAGUCGGGCAGGGGGCCUCGGAGAGACGCAGGAGGAGGAGCUGCUCGGGCUGUGCUCUGGAGCGUUUCCAACGACACAGGCAGAAGAGGAGAAGAGGGAAGGAGAGAGGAAUAAAGAUGGAGGACAUGAGGAAGAGUCUGAUAACACCAUGGAGCAGCUGCUGGGGCUGUGCUCGGGGAAGUUUCCAAGUCCAGUUUCCUCUGCCACGGCUUCUCCAGCACAAAAAAGUCAAAAGAAGCCAGAGGAGAAAGAGGAAGAAGAGCACGUGGAGGAAGACGACUGUGAGUUUCGUCUUCUGUCGGACGUAGAGAGUCACAGUGAACAGGAGGAUGCUGAUGAGGACGGUGAGGAGGAUGAAGAUGGAGAGGAUGAUGAGGGGGAUGCCGGUGAAGAGGAGGACAAUGAAGUAGAGGAGGAGGAGAUGGAGGGUGUGUUUGCGCCUCACAGGCCCAAGAAAAAGAAGAAAAUGCGUUUGGCUGAUUAUUUGGAGUCCGAGGCAGAGCUGUCAGGCAGUGAUCAAGGCAGCGACGAUGAGGACGAUGACAGAGGGAGCGAAUACGAGGAAGAGGAGCUUCUUGAGGAGCUUCCAUCUGAUGAAGAGCUGCAGGACCAAGUCAACAAGAUCCACAUGAAGCAGAUCAUGGAUGAUGACAAGCGGCGUUUAAGGAUCUAUCAAGAGCGUUACCUUGCUGAUGGCGACCUGCACUCGGAUGGCCCUGGAAGAGCUCGCCGCUUCCGCUGGAAAAAUAUUGAUGAUGGUUUCAACAUGGAGCGGACAGGAGCAGAGGGCAAUGAAGAGGAGGAAGAAGAUGAAGACAUGGACCAGUCAGAGGUCCAGAGGAGGAAAGAGCGAUUAGAGAGAGAGCAGUGGCUCAGAGAGCAGUCUGAACAAAAAGCCAAGAAAGGAGAAGAUUUGGACGCAGAAGACGAGAAGAUUGGAGAAGAAAGUCACUUUAUGAAGCUGGCCAAGAAGCUGACUGCCAAAACUCUACAGAAGAAAGAGCCUCUUGUGGCGCCACAACCAGAGAAGAAGACGACAGCAGCUCUAAACCCUUUCCAGAGACCGUCGCAGUCCUUACAGGUGAGGAGAGGCUCCCUCCUAAGUCAGCCUCAGUCCGUCCUGCAGAAGCUGGCCUCCAUCUCAGGGGGGAAUCCUCUGGCUCCCAGAAACAGCCGAGGUUUCCUGUUUCAAACUUUGUCUCCUGAGAAGGACAGCAACGGAGUAGACGCUCCUCAGAAACAGACAAUGAAGAAAAGGGGGGCGAUGGAAACCGUGAGUCCAGCAGCAAAGAGGGUCUGCAGAGAGAACAAACCUGCAGCACAGACUAAAGGCCCACAGAGGAGCAUCUUCAGCUUCCUGGGCCAGUGAGGUCACAACACCACACUAAGUCAAUGAUAAUCGACAGGUAGAAGCACGCUGAUAAAGGGAAGCAUUCGAUCUCCUUUACAAGUGUUUGGCGAGCAGAUCGGACUCCUGGAAUAAAGGAGUUAAAAUGACGGGUACGCGUCGAGCCGUCUGUUCAGCGUCCUCUCCUCGCGUCCAUCCUCUGAGACACAAACCCAGAUGUUUGAAUGUGUUUACAUGUUUACAUUGCCUUCAAACUGAAGAGCAUCACUGAGGCCUCCUCUGGUGUCAAACACCAGUGUGGGUUCAUGUUUGACUCCAUCAGGGGCGUUUAAUGACUGUCUGCUUGACUCAGAAUCGACUGACGGAGGUUCAGUUUAAAUGUUUUAUCAUGUAAAUAGGAUUAACAUUUUUAAUGGCUAGGGACUUCUUAUAUGAUGGUUUAAAUGUGUGUGUUUUACAUUGUAAAUAAAAGUGUAUUUUAAGAUG